UUUUAAGCUCAAAGUGAAAAAGAAUCAACAAUUUACAAGAGUUAGUCCAUUUGUCUCUGGCUACUUGGAUAACCUUGUUGUUAAAUUGUUCUCAUCUUGUAUCAUCAUCUCAUCAUUCCAGCGAUUGUUAUUUUCCCUCCCAAAUUGACCUGAAAAUCUCGAGUAUCUCAUCAAUCAGCUAAUCAUUUAUCAUGUUUUUCUAAUUGCUCACAAUCAACAGGAACACCAAAAUCACCAAGGAACAAAAAUGACAGUCGAUAACCAUAGUUCAUCUGAUUCAUCUGAGCCUUCAGUUGAAAUCAGUUGUCGAAAUACAAAAGAACGAAAAAUUUUGAAAAUUUUAGUUCUUGGUGAAGUUUCUGUUGGAAAAACCAGUCUAAUCAAACGAUAUGUUCACAACUUUUUCUCUCAACAUUAUCGAGCCACCAUUGGUGUAGAUUUUGCCCUGAAACAUUUAGUCUGGGAAGAUGAAUCGGUCAUCUUAUUACAAUUAUGGGACAUCGCUGGACAAGAGCGAUUUGAAUCAAUGAAUCGCGUCUAUUAUAAAGGUGCCGUUGGAUCUUUUAUCCUCACGGAUGCUUCUAAUCCCGAUUCUUUCAAAUCAGCCAUCCGAUGGAAGAAAGAUUUUGAUACCAAGGUAACCAUGGAGGAUGGACAACCUUCACCAUCCAUUUUGUUGGUAAACAAGUGUGAUAUUGAAAAGGUUGGAAUCGCCAGUGAUAUUGUCCAGCUUCAUAGUUUCGCCCAAGAAAACGGUUUCCUUGCUUGGGCUUACGUUUCUGCCAAGGAAAAUAUUGGAAUCGACGAUGCAUCUAAGAACUUGAUUCGAAAGGUUCUUGAAAGAAUGGAAUCAAAUGAGCAAACGGAACUAGUGGAAGGUAAUCAAACGAUUGAUCGAAGCGAUGUCAAAGUGUUAACCAAAACCACGGCGGUCGAUUUGGCCUCAGGUAGACCACAAGAUGCUAGGGAGUCAAGUGGUUGUUCCUGUUGACACUUUUUAAUUGUGACAAUUAGCAAACUUAAAAAUCCCUCCAAUCAUUAGGCAAACACAUUCACAACAAUCAAACGUCAUUUGUUUCAGUCAAAAUUGCUGAAAAUCAACAAUUACUACAAACUCUCAAUCAUUGACUGGAAAUAAUUUGAUAAAAAAUUAAUUAAAUAACAAUAAUAAAGUGAAAAAAACUUUAA